GGCUUCGCCUCGCACGCCGCGAUGCUGUCCCGGGGCGAGGAGCACCUGGCCCGGGGGCUGGCAGCGCCCAGCUCGGCCAUGAUGCCGCCGCUCAACGGGAUGCACCCGCACGGCCACCACCACGCUCAGCCCGGCGGCUCCCUCCUGGGCGAGCGGGAGCGCCAGGCCUCGGCCUCAGGCUCGCAGCCCGGCGGCUCCGGCCAGGUGGAGGAGAUCAACACCAAGGAGGUGGCUCAGCGCAUUACGGCCGAGCUGAAGCGCUACAGCAUCCCGCAGGCGAUAUUUGCGCAGAGGAUCUUGUGCCGCUCGCAAGGGACCCUCUCGGACCUGCUGCGGAACCCCAAGCCCUGGAGUAAGCUCAAGUCGGGCCGGGAGACUUUCCGGAGGAUGUGGAAAUGGUUGCAGGAGCCCGAGUUCCAGAGGAUGUCGGCGCUCCGGCUCGCAGCUUGCAAACGCAAAGAGCAAGAGCAGCAGAAAGACAGGAGCCUGCAGCCCAAGAAGCAGCGGCUGGUCUUCACGGACCUGCAGCGCCGCACCCUGAUCGCCAUCUUCAAGGAGAACAAGCGCCCGUCCAAAGAGAUGCAGAUGACCAUCUCGCAGCAACUCGGCUUGGAGCUCAACACUGUCAGCAACUUCUUCAUGAACGCCCGCCGGCGGUGCAUGAACCGCUGGCAGGAGGAACCUGGCACCAACCCUGGAGUCCCUUCUUCUUCUACAAGCACUUUCUCCAAAGCAUGA